AUGAUAUAAUAAGUGGAAAGCGUUUACCAGCAGCAGCAGCAGCAGACAGACAUGUGAAGAAGAUGAGAGUGAUUUCCUGGAGGAUGUCUGUCUGGCCCCGCCCGGGAGGAGUGACUUCAGACCGGAGCUCGAGCUCUCCAGCGUCCUUCACUUCACGCGCAGCACAUCAGCGCACUUUCCCGCGAUUAACAUUUGGAUUACAACGGCUUUUCGCGCGCGCGGUUCAGGAUGAAGGGUGAAGGUUUGGCAGGGAGCUGCAGCCCCUGCUAGAUUCACUGCCUCACCUUCAUCACCUUCACCAUCAUCAUCAUCAUCACCCCAGCACAUCAUGGCCAGUCACCUGGAGCUGCUGACGGAGCUGCAGCAGCUGGAUAAGGUGCCCAGUCUGGAACGGCUCCGGGCCGCGCAGAAGCGCCGCACGCAGCAGCUCAAGCGAUGGGCCGUCUACGAGAAGGAAAUGCAGAACAAGAAGCGCAAGGGCGACAAACGCCGCGGCCUCGGGAACCUGCGGGAGAACCGCAAAAGGGUUUCGUUUGCGGCGAGCGUGGCUCUGCUGGAGGCCUCAUCGAGGAACGAUCCGGAUGAAGUGCGAUAUCUACUGAAGAACAACGUGAGUCCUGAUCUGUGUAACGAAGACGGACUGACGGCCCUACACCAGUGUUGUAUUGAUAACUAUGAGGAUAUGGUGCAGACCCUGCUGGCUCACGGAGCGACGGUCAACGCUCAGGACAAUGAGCUCUGGACACCACUUCAUGCUGCAGCGACGUGUGGACACACAGGCCUCGUCAAGAUCCUCAUCCAGCACGGCGCUGAUCUCUUAGCAGUGAACUCAGACGGUAACAUGCCCUAUGACCUCUGUGAGGACGACCCCACGCUGGACAUCAUCGAGACCGCUAUGGCCAGCCGAGGCAUCACACAGGAGAUGAUUAAUGAGACGAGAGCAGUGGUGGAGAAGAGGAUGGUGGGAGAUAUUCAGAACCUCCUGCAGGACGGAGCCGACGUCAACCGACACGACUCCCAGGGAGCCACGCUGCUGCACAUCGCAGCGGCGAAUGGUUUCGCGCAGGCUGCAGAGAUGCUGUUAGAGGGAGGAGCCAGAACAGAGAUGAGGGAUUCUGACGGCUGGACGCCGCUACACGCUGCUGCAUGCUGGGGACAGGUCCAUGUGGCCGAGCUGCUGGUUUCUCAUGGUGCCAAUCUAAACACCAAGACGCACAUGGAGGAGACGCCCAUAGAUCUGUGUGAGGAUGAGGAGUUGAGGAAUCAUCUGCUGGAGUUGAAGCACAAACAUGACAUCAUCAUGAAAUCACAGCUGAAGCACAAGACGUCACUGUGCCGCCGGACCAGCAGCACGGGCAGCCGCGGGAAAGUGGUGCGGAGGGCGAGUCUGUCCAACAGACACAAUCUCUGCAGGAAGGAGUAUCAGACCGAAGCCAUCGUGUGGCGAGGAGGACGAGAGGAAGAGGAGCGAGAGCGGGAGUCUGAGCAGGAGAACAGCCACUCGACGCAGCCCGACGUCGCUCCUCGAGGCGCUGGGAUCCUGAAGGAAGGUGCCCGACAGAACGGCUGCAUCUCCAGCACCCCUGCGUCUAACGGUGACCCCGUGACCCCUGACCCCUCCUCCGAGGACUCCAAAGAGCGCGUGCAUACUCUCUCCGAACUCAAGAAGCAGCGCGCCGCGGCCAAACUCCACGCUCAGCCCGCCCUCAACGGCCACCUGGGAAACGGCUCGACCAAACCCAGUCCUGAAGACCCGCACAUGCCGCAGGUCUCGCCCAAUGGCAGCACAGUUUACUUCACGCCGGCCAGCGGAGACCCGCCCCUCCCGAGGUUCAGGCAGCCAAUAGAAGACGAGGAUCCCAAGAGUGACGGCUGCUGCUGCGUCUCAUAGAUCCCACGAGAGGAUUCCGUUUCUAUCUCUCACUCCGAGCCCGAGAGUCUGAAGAAUCCUUCCGAUGAACCCUCUCUGAACCCUGUGCAGGAACAGGAACUCCUCGGAGGAGGAAGGAAAUGAUCUCAUCCAGGCUUCCCAGGUUAAACGUGUGACUUGCGCUUCUCUCUUUCACUUCCAGCUGCACCUGUGUAAUGUGUGAUUGGUGUACAGACAGACCGCCGCCGCUCUCCUGUACAGUAUUUAUUUGUAUAUGUGCAUAGAGCCACUCUUCUAUAAGAUUAUUUAUUGUAUUCCAGAGAGAUGAAGCGAGGGACGGAGCACAGACGAGUCAGUAUUUUUCUAUGACAGUGUUAUAAUGACCAGAUGAAGUAUAUGAAUGCACACUCACGUUGUUUUCAUGACACAUUUACACCGAAAGCUGCUGUGAAUUUCAUUUAAAUCAGCAGCACAAUAAAUACUAACAUUAUGCAUAAAUGCUAAAUUAUUUAAAUAACCUAUCAAAUUAAAUAUAGCGUUAUUUUUUCUAUUCCAGUAAAUCACUUUUAGUGAGAUUUUGUGAAACGGUUGCUGUUAUGAAAAAAGCCCCAAAGGUUAAUCUGAUGUGUUUAUAUGAAGAAAGUGUUCUUAUCCUGCACACGAUGCUCCCUGUGAAGGGAUUAUUUAUUUUAUUUGAUCCGCUCGAUGGUGCCAAAGUCUUCCAGAGUGACGGACGUCAGAAACAGCCAAUGAGGUUCCAGUGCCACUCCCGUAGCCCCGCCCACUCCUCAGCACUCAGAGCCGGGAAAGAAUGUAAAUAAUGCUUGGAAUGCGUUUCCUUCGAGUGAUGGUGCACGAACACAGUAUUCUGUAGCCUGUGAUUGUGAAACUGAAAUAGAAAUAUGAGUAGAGUUCACACGUGAGGAGUCCGGCUUCCAUUUCUAUUGAGGAGCAUGAAGGGGAAAGAGCAUCACAACUACUGAUUUGAUCAUUACUGGAACUCACUGAUCACUGUAUUAACAUACUUUCAAUAAAUUGUCUAUUUUGGUCAGUUUCUAAA